AUGGAUCAGCAGCAGCAACAACAACAUCAACAGCAGCCUCAGCCUGGAGGCGUCCCCGGCCCCACCGGCCGCCGGCUGCACAUUGCCCAUCGCCGAAGCCCGUCCGAGCUGACCCCAUUGAUGAGCAUGUUUGCGAACCCAGGCAUGGAGCAGCUGGCGAUCCAGCAACAGAUCGACCUGUUACAGCAACAGCAGCAGCAGCUUCAAGCUACCUACCAGCAGAUGAGCAUGCUGCCCGGUCAGCCUCUCGGCGCCGGCGGUUAUAACCCGCUUCAGGCCGGCAUCCCCAACAUGUCGCCUCAAGCCGGCUUCCAAUUUCCGACCCCGCUCCAACAGCAGAAUGUGAACCUGGCCCCGCCAACACAGCCGCUGUCACAUCGCCGUAAUCAGUCGGCUAUUCCCAACAUGGGCAUCGGCCCCCCACCCGCACCUUCGUCUGGUGCUUCUGGAUCUGCCUUUGGCAGCUUUGAACACACCCAGGGUAGAGACAAUGGCGGCGGUCGCGGCGGCCGAGGUGGUGGUCCUCCGAGUGGUGGUGGCCACCAGAGGCGUCACUCCUUGGCGCUAGCCGACGCCAAAAAGGCCGCCGAGAUUGCCCAGCAGAAGCGUACCACGUCCGCGUUUCAAUUCCCCGCGCCGGGUGCCUUGAGCUCCGCCGAAAGACCGGAGGACGAGGCAAACGCCGCAAACCCCGUCCCGCCCGUCGCGGAGAACCAGGCUCCGGCCCCGGCUUUCCGUGGCGGCCGCGGUGGUCAUGGACGAAGCCAAAGCAUGGCUAUUGGUGCGAAUGGUCGAGGUGGUCUCGGUGGCGGUGACUUCCCGCGUCGUGGCGGCGGUGGCGGCCACGCUCGGACUGGGUCUCGCAACUUCGACAGCAACUGGCGCACGCAGGGCCAAAACCAAAACCAGGAUCAGACUGGCAGCGCUCCUCAGAGCCAGGGCUUCCAACCGGGCCAUCGCAGCCGCAACUCUGUCAGCCACCAGUCGAUCUCGAACAUCGGGGCCUUCCAAUAUGCCGGUCAGCCUCAGCUAAUGCAGCUGCCCGGCCAGAUGAUGAUCCCCAAUCUCUACGCUGGACAGCAGCUAAACCCUAUGCAGCUCAACCAGCUGCAAGCUCUCCAAAUGAUGAACGGCCAGCACCUGACCGGCCUUCAGGCGAGCCAACACGCUCCUCAGAUGGGUGGCCAGCAGCCCCAACAGCAGCAACAGCAGCAGCAGCAACAGCAGCAGCAGCAGCGCAAGACUCUUUUCACUCCUUAUUUGCCGCAGGCGACGCUGCCCGCCCUGCUAGGCGAUGGGCAGCUCGUUUCUGGUGUUCUCCGUGUGAACAAGAAGAACCGUAGUGACGCCUACGUUUCCACCCAAGACGGCCUUCUUGAUGCCGACAUCUUUAUUUGCGGUAGCAAAGACCGGAACCGUGCCCUCGAAGGCGACCUCGUUGCGGUCGAAUUGCUCGACGUCGAUGAGGUUUGGUCUCAGAAGCGUGAGAAGGAGGAGAAGAAGAAGCGCAAGGAUAUCACCGACACCCGCUCGGGAUCCACCGCCGGUAACAACCAGUCCGGCGGGAACGGCGAUGAUAACGGCGGGGGUGAUGGUAGCAUUCGUCGCCGCGGCAGUCUCAGGCAGCGGCCUACUCAAAAGAAGAAUGAUGACGUGGAGGUUGAAGGUCAGAGUCUGCUUCUCGUGGAGGAAGAGGAGAUUAGCGACGAGCAGAAGCCCCUCUAUGCCGGCCACAUUGUGGCCGUCAUUGAACGUGUUGCUGGUCAGAUGUUCUCCGGAACCUUGGGCCUACUCCGGCCCAGCAGCCAGGCGACCAAGGAGAAGCAGGAGGCUGAGCGGGCCGCGCGGGAUGGGAGCAUGUCGCGGCACCAUGACUCGCGGGCUCAGGAGAAACCCAAGAUUGUGUGGUUCAAGCCGACCGACAAGCGUGUUCCCCUGAUCGCUAUCCCUACCGAGCAGGCCCCUCGUGACUUUGUGGAGAAGCACCAAGACUAUGCCGACCAGAUUUUCGUGGCCUGCAUCAAGCGCUGGCCCAUUACUUCGCUCCACCCGUUUGGAACCCUGGUUGAGAAGCUCGGCAAGAUGGGCGACUUGAAGGUCGAGACAGACGCCCUCCUCCGAGACAACAACUUCUCGUCGGACGAAUUCGCCGACGCUGUGUUACGCAGCGUAGGCGUCCAAGACUGGACGAUUGCUAAAGAAGACGAGGCCGCCAUUGCCGCCCGUCGGGACUUCCGUGAUGAGAAGGUCUUUACCCUUGACCUGAACGGUUCCCCCGAACUUGGCAAUGGUGUUCACGUCAAGACACUGCCUGAUGGUAAAAUUGAAAUCGGCAUCCACGUCCCGGAUGUUACUCACUUCGUCAAGCCCAACUCGCUCCUGGACCGCGAGGCCAAGAAGCGCGGCACUGCCGUCCAACUCGUCAAUCGAUUUUGCGCUCUACUCCCGCCCAAGGUGUCAGGUGAGGUUUGCUCGCUCACGCCGAACCAGGACAGGCUCACCGUCAGUGUUGUUUUCCAUGCGCACGCUCACACCGGUGCGGUUACGGAAGGCGAUAUCUGGAUCGGGAAGGGUAUAGUCAAGAGCGGCGGCAGGCUCUCGCUCUCACAGUUGGAUGAGGCCAUCUCUGGCGAUGGCUCAUUCUCCCACCAGGCGGUCGAAGGCGGGGACAUUUUAGAACUUCACCGACUAACGCAGAAGUUCCGCGAGGCACGCCUGGGCGACGGCAGUGAGCCUAUCGCUCCUCUCCGCCUGCUCCAGCAGCUGGAUGAUGAGAAUAUCCCCGUCAAGCACAACGUCUUCGACACGACAUCAGCCACCGAACUCGUCGAGGAGCUUAUGCACAAGGCCAACACCUACGUUGCGCAGCGUGUGGCCCAGGCCCUGCCCGAGAAGGCUCUUCUUCGCAGGCAUUCGCCCCCCAGCCCACGCCGUCUGCAGACCUUUGUGGAGCGCAUGACUGCCCUUGGCUAUGAAAUUGACUCGACGAGCAGCGGAACGCUCCAGAAUAGUCUGUUCCGCGUCGACGACGACGAGAUCAGGAAGGGCAUGGAGACGCUGUUGCUCAAGUCGAUGCAACGUGCCAAGUACUUCAUCGGAGGCAAGACAGCGAAGCACCUCUGGGCUCAUUACUCUCUUAACUUGCCACUCUACACUCACUUCACGAGCCCGACCCGUCGCUACGCGGAUAUUCUUGUCCACCGCCAGCUUGAGGCGGCCCUCUCGGAAGGCAAGAUUGAGUACAACGAGGAGCUGGAGAACCUCAUCAAGACUGUCGAAGCGUGCAACACGAAGAAAGAUUCGGCUCAGAACGCCCAGGAGCAGAGCGUUCACAUCGAGGCGUGCCGUGCGAUGGACAAGAAGCGCCAGGAAGCGAACGGUGACCUGAUCAGCGAGGGUAUUGUGGUCUGCGUUUACGAGUCGGCGUUUGACGUUCUCAUCCCUGAGUGGGGCUUUGAGAAGCGUGUCCAUUGUGACCAGCUGCCGCUAAAGAAAGCCGAGUUCCGCAAGGAGAAGCGGGUUCUGGAGCUUUACUGGGAAAAGGGCGUGCCCAGCUCGGCCUACGUCCCCGAAGACGAGCGGCCCAAGGCUGCGAUGUCCCAGCGCUACACCAACGCGAUGGCUGCCGCCCGCCAGGCUGAGGAAGCGGAGCGCGCCAAGAAGGAGCGUGAGGAGGCCGCAAGGAAGCAGACCGAGACGGGUACCAUGUCAACUGAUGCCGUCGAGGCCCUCUUUGACGACGACGAAGAAAACGCGUCUGACAAUGCGUCGGAUGUUACGGAGGCAAUGGCCGGUGCAUCUCUAGCGGAGCGCCCGACUCAGAGUGUCCCCGGCUCGCCGACUCGUUCCUCGGCCGACGCUGCCAGCGCUCUCCACCGCACCCGCUCCGAUUCCAAGGUGCCGGCAGCCGAUGCGCCCGAGACGCGCCUCACCAACAAGGAGAAGUACCUGAGCCUGUUCAAGCUCCGCGAGGAGGGUGGGGACUACAUCCAGGAUGUAACGGAGAUGACGCGGGUCCCAGUCAUUCUUAAGACGGAUCUGAGCAAGAGCCCGCCAUGCCUCACCAUCCGGUCCUUGAACCCUUACGCUCUGUAA